AUGGGGUUGACCCGCAAGAAGCUGUUUGUAUUUUUAACAAGUCUCCAUUUAUAUCCUUUAACAUUUGGGGAUGGCAUAGGUGUAAACGUUGAUGCUGUGUGUAACUCGACAAUAUCACAGCGAGUUAAUUACGAGUUUAAUUCAGAUGUUGUGAAUAGCGAGCAUAUAAUAACAUACAAGGGUUAUUUUCCAAGAUCAACAAGAGAGAAUUAUGUCACUGCAGCGUUGAGGAAUGCGGGGAUAUCAAAUUGGACAUUACUGCAACGUAAUAACCCAGCUAAAGAAUAUCCAAGUGACUUCGAUGUAAUAGUUCUUGAAGAUGAAGGAAGACGUGCACUUGAUGCCUUGAAAGACCAUCCAGCUAUCCGUCGAGUUACAGCGCAGCGGCAAGUUACCCGUACUAUCAAAUACAUUCGCGAGGAUGAUUGUGGACCAGCUGGAUGUUUAUAUGCGGGCUGGCGUAAUCAUCGAGUACGAGGACCGAAAUCCUUAAGACAGCCGCGUGAGAAUGGUGGUUACACGUCCAGGAAGUUGUUACGAACUGUCCCUCGGCAAAUAACAUCGGUCUUGAAAGCUGAUCUGCUCUGGUCUCUUGGUGUAACUGGUGAAGGAAUAAAAGUAGCAGUGUUUGACACGGGGUUAGCUCGAAAUCACCCACAUUUCGGGCGCGUCCGUGAACGAACCGAUUGGACCGGCGAAAACACAUUAGACGACGCUCUAGGUCAUGGGACUUUCGUCGCUGGUGUGAUCGCCUCUCGAGCUGAAUGCCUUGGCUUUGCACCUGAUGCAGAUUUACAUAUUUUCCGCGUGUUUACCGACAAUCAGGUUUCAUACACAUCGUGGUUUCUGGACGCGUUUAACUACGCUAUCAUGCGUAAAAUUGAUGUGCUUAACCUGAGCAUUGGUGGACCGGAUUUCAUGGAUCACCCAUUUGUUGAUAAAGUAUGGGAGCUUAGUGCAAAUAAGGUAAUCAUGGUGUCUGCAAUAGGAAACGACGGUCCUUUGUACGGUACUCUCAACAACCCUGCAGACCAGAUGGAUGUCAUUGGUGUUGGAGGCAUCGGGUUCGAUGACAGGAUUGCAAAGUUUUCGUCCAGAGGCAUGACCACGUGGGAACUACCACACGGUUAUGGUCGUAUGAAGCCGGACAUCGUAACAUAUGGUAGCGGCGUAAGAGGCUCAAGUGUCAAUGGAGGUUGCCGGUCACUUAGUGGUACGUCAGUGGCGUCGCCUGUGGUUGCCGGUGCCAUAGCGUUGCUGGCAAGUGGCGUGCCGCGUCACAAUCUCACGCCCGCUGCAGUGAAGCAAGCUCUGUGUAUGACUGCGCUACGGCUGCCAGGACCCAACAUGUUCGAACAGGGACACGGCAAACUGGACCUUAUAAGCGCUUAUCAGUUUCUCCGCAAAUAUGAGCCUCAAGCGUCGUUGAGUCCGAGCUACAUCGACCUCACGGAGUGUCAGUACAUGUGGCCGUAUUGCACGCAGCCGUUGUACUACAGCGCGCAGCCUACUAUCGCCAAUGUCACCGUCAUCAAUGGACUGGGCGUUUCGGGGAGAGUCAAAGACGUGUCGUGGCACCCACACCUACCAAACGGCGUGCUCCUGUCGGUGUCGGCUGAUUACAGUCCAAUCCUCUGGCCUUGGUCUGGUUGGCUAGCACUGAGCUUCAGCGUCAUUGAAGAGGGCGCCGAUUUCGAUGGCAUUAUUGAGGGUCACAUGAACGUCACGGUUGAAAGCGACGAUGACUCCGGAGAGAAAAUUAUGAGGAAUGCGACGCUCACACUUCCUAUACGGGCUCGCGUUAUCCCAGUGCCGGUGCGUUCUCGCCGCCUCCUGUGGGACCAGUUCCACAGCCUGCGCUACCCGGGCGGGUACUUCCCGCGCGACGACCUGCGCGCCAAGCACGACCCGCUCGACUGGCACGCCGACCACGUUCACACCAACUUCCGCGACAUGUACCGCCGCCUUCGAGAACACGGCUUCUAUUUGGAAGUUAUGGGUUGUCCUUUAACAUGCAUCGACACGUCGUUGUAUGGAGCGUUGCUGCUAGUGGAUCCGGAAGAUGAGUACUUCCCUGAAGAAAUGGCUGCACUGAAGAAAGCCGUCGACUCUGGCAUGUCUCUCGUAGUUUUCGCUGACUGGUACAACGCUUCAUUACUGCGCCACGUUAAGUUUUACGACGAAAAUACCCGACAAUGGUGGAUCCCUGAAACAGGGGGUGCCAACGUGCCCGCUUUGAACGAUUUACUCAGCAUGUAUCAAGUUGCCCUGGGUGAUCGCGUUUUCGAAGGAGCAUUCAGGUUGGGCGGUCAUCCAAUGUACUAUGCGAGUGGAACUCAUAUACAUAGUUUUCCUGAACAUGGAAUCCUGAUAACGGCGCCUCUUAGUGACCAGGGUCAUCAAAUAAUGUCUGGAGAAAAGCCGAGUGCAGGAGGCGGUGCGUCAGCCGGUGGGCAGACGGUCGACGUGCCGAUACUAGGACUACUGCAGACUGAUGGCGAAACCCGGGAUUACACGAACGAUACCAGCGACAGGCUACCUAAGGCUGGUCGGCUAGUGGUGUAUGGUGACUCUUCGUGCUUGGAAGGCGGCGCUGCUCGCAACUGCCACUGGUUACUGCUCGCCGCGCUACAGUAUGCGCUCGUCGGACAUCUGCCGUCUUCACUCAAGGACGCCGCCACUCCACACCAGCACCGACUGCGCGACGUACAUAUUAUACCAUCAGAAUUGCCACAGAGAGCAGAAGGGGGUCGGUUGCACGUAUACUCCAGGGUUUUAUCUCCCGACGGCAGUGGACCGCGGCCCGUACCAGAGUGUAUGACCCCGACCCCAGUGAGGCCCCACCCGAUUCAUGCACCACCGUCAGCCCGCACCCUCGCUCCGCGACAUCAACCUACUGACCCUAAAAGUAUUGGUGCCCCCGAGAUAGAGGGUACGGAGCCUGCGCCGCGCACUUGGCGUGGAGCUGGGGCUGCACCGUCGCGCGCUCAUGGUGGGGCGGAGCACCAGAGUCCGAGCAUGACUAGCCGCGCCAUGACGCUGCUGGCCAUCAUAGCCGUCGUGUACUGCCUCACCGCCGCCUGGAAGCGCUGCGGCCGCAAGCUACGCCGCCGGAGGCUCAUGUCGUUAGCCACCUAG